AAAAAGGCGAUUCAGUCUCAGUGCGCUGUUGUCGCUGCGCGCCUUUUGCUCCACUCACCACAGCCCCAGCCCGUCCGCCCACCACUUAGUGAAUCUGUUGGCGGAAUGGAGCAACUCUGCUACCUGGCGCUUAGCGUCCUGCUGGCCAUCGUUGUGCUUUAUGGACUCCUAGAACUCCAUUACUUCCUGCGCAUGUGCCUUUGUGUCCUGCUCGCUCGGUUUGUGAAGAGGCGCUGCCACAUCCUUGACGCCACCACGGUCAACGGACUCUGCCUCACCAAUGAUGUGGACACAUUGUUGUAUCAUAUGAACAAUGCUCGUUAUUUCCGAGAGCUGGACUUUGCCCGCGUGGAUUUUUAUGAGCGGACCAAUCUGUACCGCACCAUUACGGGAAUGGGCGGUUCCGUUUUCCAGGGGGCGGCAACAAUUCGCUACCGACGCUUCAUCCGCCCUUUCCACCGUUUUAACAUUGUCUCGCAAAUAAUUUAUUGGGACGAACAGUCGCUGUUCAUGGAACAUCGAUUUGUCCGCCCGUCAGACAAGUUUGUGCAUUGCAUCGCUAUCUGCCGCCAGCGAGUGAUCGACGUAUCCAUGGAAGCUGUAAUGGCGGAACUCUUGCCCAGGACGUCCUCCAAUGGAUUCCGUGCCACGACAUCACCUUCUAUAGCUGCUCCGACGGCGGCUUCUGGCGGUAUUAGCAAUCCGGCCAUGGAUACUUCGUUGGCGGAGAAUGGACAUGGGUCGACCGGAGGGGCGACGACUGCGGGGGCCGCGCCUACGACCACAGCGCACUGUCUGAAGCUAAAGCCAUCGCUGCCUCCGGAGUUGGCUAAGUGGAUCGAGUACAAUGACAUGUCUAGUAAGAACCUUCGGAGCGGCUGCUGACUGGAGUCGUUAGAAUCGCCGGAAGCGAAGGCGAACGCGCAACUGGAAAAGGAAACGGAUACUCCCAUUAACCCAUUUUUUUUUUGUCUCGCGUGCUAGUGUGUGUGUACGUGUUAAUGUGUGCUAAUGUUUAAUGUUUAAGUGUGACCGUGGAAUGUGUAAAUUGUAAGCUAUGUAUGUAAGUGUCUCAAAAAACAAAACAAAAACCCGCCCUGUUUUGGCCUUAACUAAUGUAUUGCAUAACUACCCAGAGAUCAGCCACGCCCUCUGAUCAAAAUCGAAAAACAAAGCCCCUUGGUAGACCACAGUGCGUAAGUUACGAUGUAAAAUGAUUGUUUAGUAAAAUUAACAAAAUAAUGUGAAAAUAUGCAAUCGAAUGAGGGGUUUUCUUGGGCCCUUGGCUUCAGUUCCUGUAAGAAGGGUACAAAAUAGUAGGUAAUACUCUUUAUAUAAGAAAAUCAAUCAAUCAUUGAUUAGAUACAAAAUAACAUGUAGAACAGAAAUAUAUUAUGGAGAAAAUGUUAAAGAAGCCUUUUAACAAAUUAAUUAUUAAUUAUCUCAAAA